UUCUCUACUGCAUGUCCCCUAUCCUCUUUAUCUUCCAGUUGCCAACCCAAUUUGUAUCUUCAACAUGGUUAUGGCAAAUGUAACCACAACGUGCGGAUUCCUCCUCAUGGGAUUUUCCAACACUCGUGAGCUGCAGAUCUUACCUGCAUUGCUUUUCUUGCUGAUGUACCUGUCAGCCUUAGCAGGUAACGUCAUCAUUAUUGCCGUCACAACGCUGGACCAACAUCUCCAAUCCCCAAUGUAUUACUUCUUGAAGCAUCUUUCCUUCCUGGACCUCGCCUUCAUUUCUGUCACGGUCCCGCAGUCCAUUGACACUUCACUGACAGGCAAUGGCUGUAUCAGCCACGGUCAGUGCAUGCUGCAGGUCUUCUUCUUCACGUCUUUGGCCUGGGCUGAGGUGGCCAUUCUCACAGUGAUGUCUUAUGACCGCUAUGCAGCCAUCUGCCUCCCACUGCACUACGAGGCCAUCAUGGAUCCCAGAGCCUGCGAGUGGGCUGUGAUAGCUGUCUGGCUGAGUGGAGGCACCUCUGGGAUCCUGUACACAGCUGCCACGUUCUCCAUCACCUUCUGGAGGGCCAAAGUCAUCCAUCAGUUCUUCUGUGAUAUCCCCCAGUUGCUGAAGCUCUCCUGCUCCAAGGAUUACCUGGGAGUGAUUGGAGUGGCGGCCUUCAUGACGGUGCUGGCACUCAUCUGCUUCAUCUCCAUUGCCCACUCCUACAUCCACAUCUUUUCCACAGUUCUAAGAAUUCCCUCUGCCGAGGGCCGCUCCAAAGCCUUCUCCACCUGCCUGCCCCACCUCUUUGUUGUGUCAUUUUUUCUCUCCAUGGGCAUCUUUGAGUUUCUAAAAUCAACUUCAGAUUCUCCAACUGCUUUUGAUAUUAUGAUAUCUCUCUUUUAUACAGUAGUGCCCCCAACACAGAAUCCUAUUAUCUACAGCUUGAGGAAUAAGACCAUGAGGGAAGCUUUAAGAAAAUUACUGUUGGAUGGUGAAUUCACCAAGAAAAAGACAUUUUUGUCCUAUUGUUGAUG